AUGGCACAAGCUGGUAAGCCUCAUGUGGUGUGUGUCCCAUUCCCAUUGCAAGGACACAUAACUCCUAUGCUCAAAUUGGCAAAGCUCCUUCACUACAAAGGUUUUCAUGUAACCUUUGUGAAUACCCAGUUUAACCACAAGCGCAUUCUUGAUUCAAGAGGCCCUAAUGCCUUGAAUGGCUUGCCUGACUUCCAUUUUGCCACCUUACCUCUCCAACACCCUCCUUCAAAUUCCCACACUAGUUUGGCCUUGAACUUUCUUGCUCUUCGUGAGAUAUGUGGAAAGAAUUUUUUGCCUUUAUUUCGUGAUCUUGUUGCCAAGCUUAAUGACACUGCUUCUUAUUCAAAUCCUCCUGUUACAUGCAUACUUUCUGAUGCUAUUUUGAGUUAUAGUUUAGAACUCUCCCAAGAACUUGACAUUCCUAAUGUAUUCCUUUGGAAUAUGGGAGCUUCUGGGUUUAUGAGUUUUAAGCAUUCUCGCAAUCAAAUCAAGCAAUGUCUCACUUUUCUCAAAGAUCCAAGCAAUGAAAUAGCUGCAAAUAAUAAGAAUUUGGACAGCAUGAUGGAAUGGAUUCCAGGAAUGAAAGGAGCUCAGGUAAGAGAUCUUUCCAAGUUUAUUAAAACUAAAGAUCAAGCUGAUUCCAUGGCUGACUCUAGUGAAGGGGACUUGGAAAGGGCCUCUAAAGCUUCAGCUGUUAUAUUCCACACUUUUGAUGCCUUGGAAGGUGAAGUCCUAAGCAGCGUCUCGCCCAUGUUUCAAAAGGUCUAUAGCAUUGGUCCUCUACAAUUGCUUAUGGAUCAAAUUUCUGAUGAUCGUUAUGAUUCCAUUGAGUGCAAUCUAUGGAAUGAAGAACCCGAGUGCAUUAAAUGGUUGGAUUCCAAGGAACCCAACUCUGUGAUUUACAUCAAUUUUGGAAGCACUACGGUAAUGAGUGCGGAGCAACUAGUUGAGCUUGCUUGGGGACUUGCUAAUAGCAACCAUAACUUCCUGUGGAUAACAAGGCCAGACUUGAUCAUGGGAGACACUGCAGUUCUGCCACCAGAGUUUCUGCUUGAAACUAAAGGGAGAGGUUUCAUAGCGAGUUGGUGCCCACAAGAACAAGUUCUAAACCACCAAUCAACUGGGGGAUUCAUUACCCAUUGUGGAUGGAACUCAAUAGUGGAAAGCAUAUGUGCAGGGAUACCCAUGAUCUGUUGGCCAUUUUUUGGAGAACAUUUUGUCAACUGUAGAAAGAGUUGCAAUGAAUGGGGUAUUGGAGUGGAAUUGAGUAGUAAUUUCCAAAGAGAUGAAGUGGAGAAGCUUGUUGAAGAGUUGAUGAGUGGACAGAAAGGUAAGAAUAUGAAGGAAAAGGCCAUGGAAUGGAAGAAGAUAUCAGAAGAGGCCGCAAGUCCCAAUGGAUCAUCUUCCUUCAACUUGAACAAUAUGGUGAAUGAAGUUUUCCUACUUUCAAAAAAUUGAUUUUUCUUGAUGGGAAGAAAAGUCUA